AUGGAUCCUAACCCCGAUACUGUACAACAAGCGGCACAAGGGCUCCCGCAGGGUCAAGAACCCGUCAAAACCGAACCACCGCGGGAGCCUUCGCCUGUUUUCAAGCCGCAAAAUCCUCAACAGAGCCCGCCUCAAAACUUUCAAGUGCCUGAUCCCAAACAAGCGUACUACCAACAGCAGAUGAUGUACGCAAGGAUGAUGGGUCAGAUGCAUCCGCAGCAAAUGGUACAACAACAAAUGGCACAACAACAACAAAUGGCACAACAACAACAAAUGGCACAACAACAACAAAUGGCACAACAACAACAAAUGGCACAACAACAACAGAUGGCGCAACAACAGCAACAAAUGGCUCAGCAACAACAACAAAUGGCACAACAACAAGUGACCCAGCAACAACAACAAAUGGCACAACAACAGAUGAAUCAACAACAACCGCAGCAAAUGGCUCCACAACAGCAGCAACCGAUGAAUCAACAGCCGCAUCCUAUGCAGCCGGGACAAAUGCCACAGGGGCCAGGAGUGCCAUAUCCUAACAUGAUGAGACCUCAACCUGGUAUGCCUCAACAGCAUCCUCAGGGAGGGGGCUGGUUCUAUCCCAUGGCCAUGUACAACCAACAAGUUAUGUCAGGUGGUCAAGUGAUGCAUCCGCAAAUGAUGAUGAACAAUCCAGCUGCCAUGAUGUCCAAGUUCAUGCCUCAAUACAACGCCUAUAUUAACCGAAUGCAACAAAAUAGCCAGGAAAUCAAAACGGAGCGUCCUGCGGGGCAAGGCGAAGUAAAAAAGGAAGAAGGCGAGGAAAACGCACAAAACCGUAGCGCAGAGGAAUAUCCAACCGCUGUAAAGACUGAGGAUAUGAAUUCUGAUGCUGCUAAAUUAUCAGGUGAACAGCAGCUGCAACAACCACAACCGCCGACCCAACCCCCCGGUGCUCCAUUUCCCAUGAGAUACGGAUUGCAGCCUCCUUAUGGAUACGGAAUGAAUAUGCCCGUUAAUCCCAUGAUGUUUUAUCAACAGCAGAAUAGGCUUUUGGUCGGCAACGCCAUAGACGGGAUACCAGCAUUGCGUAUGGCAAAUAGUCGCUUUCAAAACGUCACACAGAUGCUUGAUGCUCUCGCACAACAGCCUAGAAAGAGACAACAAAGAAGGGCGACGCCUAGGUACGGACAGGAAGAUGGUGAUUUUAAAAGCGUUGUCAACGAGUAUUUCACACCGGAUGGGAGAAAUGACAACAGCGAUGAUGAGUUCCUAGUUGGCAGAACAGUUCGAGACAUGGACACCGGUGCUAUUAGGCGUAGUGGAAGAACCAGAACCAAAAAUUCGUUGUAUGCCGAAUACACUGAAAGUGAUGCGGACACAUGGGAGGAACCUACUGUUAAGUUAUCUGUUCCAAAACCGAAGAAGAGACGUGAAGGACCCAUACAGGCUAGAAGGAUACAACCACGGUCAGCUACAAAUCCAUACUCCAAAAACAAUUACGUUACUUACGAGGAUAGUGAUGAUGAUGAAUCGGCAGAUGAAUUUUCAGAAUCCGUUGGUGAUGUAGAUACUGGCUCCGUCGCGUUGCGCCACAGAAAGAGGCGUGUAAACUAUGCUGAGUUAGACCAUGAACAAUGGAGUGGUGAAGAAGACGAAGAGGAUGAAGAUGGGGAGGAAAGGGACAGGCAGCAAAGCUUGCAACAGGAAUCCCAAGGUGGAAUAGAUCGCGUCAUAGACCACCGGGUAAACGAAGAAGGUGUCACAGAAUAUCUUAUCAAGUGGCAAGGAUAUGCCCAUAUCCAUAAUACGUGGGAUGUAUAUGAAACACUCAAGGAUUAUUUAGGCAUCAAAAGAUUAGACAACUAUAUUAAAAAACUAAAACAACGUGAAGAACGCGCUCGAUAUAUGACGCCUGAUGAGAUUGAAUAUGAAAAUAUUGACAUGGAACUACAGAGGAGAAUCGAUGAAGAUGCUCUCAAGGCGGAAAGAAUUGUGACUCAUUAUCUAGAUAAAGAAAGCAACGUGAACUAUUACAUGGUCAAGUGGAGGAGUUGUACCUAUGACCACUGCACAUAUGAAGAGGAACAAGUUAUGUUAGACCAUGGCUUCGGUGAUCUCAUCCAAGGGUAUCACGCUAGGGAAGACCGUAUAUGUGGUGAAGCAGCAAAGAAGAUGCCGUGGAACACACACUCUCUCAGUCUUACCAAAUUCGAGCCGUACCAUGAAACCCCGUCUUUCCUCGCGAAUUACGAAACACGGAAGCUCAGGGACUACCAACUUAUUGGUGUCAAUUGGGUCGUGAACCGUAUGAAGCGCGGACUCAGUGUACUUCUAGCUGAUGAAAUGGGUCUUGGCAAAACUGUCCAAACUAUCACACUCAUUGGUCAUUUCCUAUACAAGGAAGGACUCAUUGGGCCUUAUUUAGUCAUCGUACCCCAAUCUACCAUCGAUAACUGGAUGAGGGAAUUCGAGACCUGGUUGCCCCAAGCGAAUGUUGUCUGCUAUUACGGCAACGCCAAGGCGCGUGAAAUAAUUCGUAAUUAUGAAUUAGCCAGGGUACAUGUCCAAGGUAAAGGAGAGCGAUACAGAUGUGACGUCUGUGUAACCACCCCUUCGAUUAUUAAUGCGGCGAUGGAUCUGGACUUUUUGAGAAGGAUCUCGUGGCAACUCAUGGUGGUGGAUGAAGCUCACCAACUUAAGAAUAGGAACUCUAAGAGGUUCGUAGAACUCAGGCAAUUCAUGGCGGACUAUAAACUGCUACUUAGUGGAACACCUCUGCACAAUAAUCUCGAAGAACUGUGGACCCUUCUACAUUUCAUCAAUCCGCAAAUAUAUCCAUAUUACGAGGAAUUCCGUAGGAGAUAUGCCGAUGUGGAAAACUCUGCAGCUAUUGGAGAAAACAAGCAGAAGCAAUUGUUGGCACUGCAACAGGAGCUUCACGAAGUGGUCUUGCGUAGGGUUAAGAAGGAUGUCGAAAAAUCCCUUCCGAACAAGGUGGAACGUAUUUUGCGUGUAGAAUUGUCGCCCAUGCAAUUAGAAUGGUACAGAAACAUAUUGACGCGCAAUUAUGACCAACUUGCUAAGAAUAGUGGAGGUUCAAGAUCAUCAUUACAAAAUAUAUGCAUGGAACUUAAGAAGGUCUGCAAUCAUCCAUUCUUGUGCUAUGAACCUGAAGAUCGCCAGACGUGGUUGCAAGGUCUAGUAUACGGUAGUGGUAAGAUAUGUUUGUUGGAAAAACUGCUCGCACGACUCAAGGAGCGUGGGCACCGUGUGCUUAUUUUCUCCCAAAUGGUACGCAUGCUGAACAUCAUAUCCGAAUAUCUCACACUGCGUGGAUUUAAACACCAACGCUUGGACGGAACGAUGGGUAGAGAAGUGAGGAAGAAAGCAAUGGACCACUUCAAUGAUCCAAAUAGUGAUGACUUCUGUUUCCUGCUAUCAACUAAGGCCGGAGGUUUGGGUAUCAAUCUUACUACGGCUGACACCGUUAUUAUUUACGAUAGUGAUUGGAAUCCCCAAAACGAUUUACAGGCGGAGGCUAGAGCACAUCGUAUUGGACAAACUAAAACGGUACAGAUCUACAGGUUAGUAACCAAAGAUUCCAUUGAACAAACUAUCUUGGAACGUGCAAAAACAAAGAUGGUACUCGAUGCUCUGGUUGUACAGGGGUUGAACAAGAAGGGCAAUGCCGUUGUGUUGGAAGAUGGCGGAUCCAAAUGUGGGUUCUCUCGUGAAGAACUGGCCAAGAUUCUCAAAUUCGGUGCCUCGAAGCUUUGGAGCAAAGAUAAAACUACUGCUCUCGAACGGAUCCCAGGUGAAGAAAAUCUAGAGAUCGAUCUUGAUAAGGUAUUGGAAGAAGCUGAAGUAACCAAUGAUAACGAUGGUCUAGCAUCAGAUCUUUUGAGUACCUACACUAAUAUCACGGAGUUCAGAUAUGAGCCACCUGAAGAGCACUCUGAAAUCAAUUCUGAGAACAAUAAGGAAUUCUGGGAUGCCACCAUACCUCUGGAGGAACGUGUCAAACUUAAGAAGAAGAAAGAAGAGGAAUUGAUGGUUCUGGGACCACGUAGGACAAGGAACAAAGAUCUUGGUGGAAUGGACAACGAAGAUUUCUCGGAUGACGAGACAGAUGUUGACUUCCAACCAAAACGUGAAACUAAGGCAUCUUGGGAUGGAUCUGAAACUGAAGGUGAUAAGAAACUUUCUAGAAGACGUGGUCCUAAACGUUCUCGUAAAGUUAUUUUGACUGUCAAGGACAAGGUGAAGAUCUAUAGGUCCCUAGGUAAAUUUGGUGUACCUGAAAUGAGAUUGAAAGAAAUCCAUGAUGACACUAAAUUGACCAAGGUAGACCCUAGGGUUAUACUUAAUGAGUGUCAGAACUUGAUUGAUAUGUGCAAGACUAAAAUCGCUGAAAUCAAAAGUGAAGAAAAGGCUGAUAACGCCGCUGACAGUGUUAGCGGUAAGAAACGCUCUACCAAAUCGCUUAAAACUUUGGAACUCGGUGAUGUUAAAAUAUCACCUGUGGAAUUUAUAGAAAAGUUGAAGCUGCUUGAGUGUCUCGAAGAUUGGGGUAGACAACAGGCAGGACCCGGAUGGGCCACCUCAGACAAGACCUUGGACUUACCAAACGAAGUUGUCGAACAGUUUAGCGACGUCAAGGAACCAUGGACAAAGGAUGACUGCGUCAACAUGCUGAAGAUGAUUCACAUCCAUGGUUAUGGCUACUGGACUUUGUAUUGUAACGAUAAGAAUCUAUGUGUUGGUGCUUUGGAGGGCAUGAAACACGAAAAGGCUAAGAUAAAGGCACAGAAGCUGUUAAAGGCUCUAUAUGAUGCGAGACACCACCUCGUCAAGUCUAAAUUACCAGAUGUACCUCUAACAAUUGGCGUGCCACCCGCUACAUAUAAAAAGAGUAAUAAGCUUGAGGAGUUAAUCGUUGAUGAUGACUCAGUGGUGGACAAGGACGAUGAUGAUGAAAGCAAUAUUGAGAUGUUACUUACCAUGGGCAAACCUCUGAAGCGUGAGCAUUAUGCGGCCGCUGUCAAGUGGUCACUUAGAGCGGGGAGGGAUCGCCUGAAACGCCUCAAAUUGCUAAAGGACCAGAACCCUCAGGGUGAAGAGUUUAUGAAAGAGGUUGAGGAAUCGCUACCAGAUCUUAGAUCGUUGAUCAACGCAGCUGUAACACAGUGCAAGGACUCAGCCACUGGUCAGAAACUCAAAGCCGCUUGCUGGAGAUUUGUGUCCAAGUUCACGAUGUUGCCUGUAGAGGAACUAGAAAAGGAAGCGCAGUAA